GGCGGCGCGCCAGAUGAGAGAUCGUCGCCGCGUCGUCCGGAUCGCGAACAUGACUCGUUGCCGGAACCAAGCAGCGUGGCUUUUGGCCGGGUGCAUUUUCCUUCUGUGCACAGCGCACACAUCGCGAGCUUUCGAGAGAGAGGGAGACUCUUCCGAGCGUGAGUCUGAAAAGGAGCACAGUUCCAGCAGGGAGAGGGGAGGACGAUUCUUCAACGCCUUCUGGACGCCUUACCUGCAACCCAGGAUUGGGCAGGGAGCACCGGCGGCUGCAGACAGCAGCAGCAGCGGGAGCGCCGAAGAGACUCCCACCGCCGUGAUCGUGGAGACUCGGCCUUGGAGGGAUGACGGCUUCUUCGGCUUUCCCGCACGACAGCCCUGGUGGAAAGGACCGAACGUGUGCAACUUCCGACAGGAGGUGGACGACUCCAAGGACAGUAAUGCCACGGUUCCGUUCGCCUUCAACUUCCAAUCCAAGCAGUGCCAGGACACCGAGGACGCCUUCAUCUGCACCACCAAGAUUCGAACGAUGAACGAGAGCAAGACAAUCACGGACAAAUACGUUUGCUGCCACGGGUUCGCUCGGGGCCGCAAUGGACGCGCUGGCUGCAUCCAAGUGAAUCUCAAGGACCUGGUGACGACAAUGAAGGACCUCGGCGCCUCGAAGUUUGUUGACCUUGUCGAGGAGUCUAAGAUGACCGAUGAGCUGAACAAGGCCAACAUCACUGUAUUCGUGCCCACCAACAUCGCUGUCAAGGACUUCGAACACACUAACGAGGUGUCCAGUCCCCACGAUGGGCAGGCUGCCAUUCGGGCUCACACUGUGGAAGGUGUACUGCGCACGGGAGACCUCACCGACGAAAUGGUUCUGCAGACCGUCGACGGGCGAUCGAGCAUUCGCGUCAACGAGUUCUACAACCCGGCCAAGCUGCUGACGGCCAACUGCGUGCCCAUCGUGUCGGCCAACAACGCGGCGACCAACGGCGUGGUGCACGUGGUGGACGAGACGCUGCCCUCGCCCAACCGGACCCUCUACCAGGUGGUGGCCGAGGACCCUCGCUUCAGCACGCUGCGCUCACUGCUGCCCAUGGCCGAUCUCGAGGAGGCUCUGAAGGACGCGCACGGCCACUACACCCUGUUGGCACCCAGCGACGAAGCCUUCGCCAGAGUGCACAAGGACACGCUCGCCAAGUGGAAGAGUGGCGACGCCUGCAUCGGCAAGCUGCUUCGAGGCCACUUGCUGAACCACGUGAUCUGCACCACAGCCGUGCCCGCAUCGGCGCGGGUGCGCAACGCGAACGGCGACCCGGUGACGCUGACCCGCGACGGCGACCGCCUGCUGGCCGACGGCAGCCCGCUGUCCGCGCGCGACCUGAUGGCCACCAAUGGAGUGCUGCACGUGCUUGACCACAUCCUCAUGUCUCAGGACAGCAAGCCGCUCGUGCAGACGCUGCGAGACGCCAAGAUGAGUGACCUCGUCCACCUCAUCGAGGCGGCCAACCUGACCGAGUCGUUCGAGGCGCUCGAUAACUUCACCUUCUUCGCGCCAUCUGAGGAGGCCCUGAAGGAGAUCUCGCUGUCCGAGUGGGAGGACCUGAAGAAGAGCGAGCGGCUGGCCGAGACUCUUCGCUACCACACCGUGCCGGGCCAGAUGCUGUCUCCUCGGGGCUUCUUCAACAACCUGCUCGUGGCCACUGCGCUGGGCGAAGAGCGGCCCAUCCGCGUCAACAUCUUCCCGCGCCUCUUCUCCUUCGAGCGGCCCACCGUGACGGCGCAGUGCGCCCGCUUGCUCAGCGCCUCGAGCCCCGUCUGCGGGGGAGCCGUCUACGUCAUCGACAAGGUGUUGACUCCGCCCGCCGGCAACGUGCUGGAGGUGAUCGAGUCUGACCGUGAGCUGAGCACAUUCGCGCGGCUUGUCCGCGAGUCCGGCCUGUCCGAGCAGCUCCGGUCCAACGCUGGUCCCUUCACGGUGUUGGCGCCGACGGACAGUGCAUUCGCCCGGCUGCCCCGGGGAACCCUGGAUUCUCUGCAGCCCGAACAGGUCCAGGCCUUAGUCAAGCAGCACGUCCUGCCCGAGAUGGCGUGCACGAGCGGCGUCGGCCACAGCGGGUUCCUGAGCCGGCUCGAGUACCGCAACCUGGACGGCACCGCGGUGCCCACCCAGCGCAGCCUGCGCGGCAACGUCUACUUCGGCGGCGCCCGCGUGUCGCGCGCCGACCGCGCCGCUCGCAACGGCCUCGUGCACCACGUCGAGCGCGUGCUGAGCAUGCGCACCGCCGACGAGGACGCCGGCUUCAACUUUGGCUUCGACUUGCACCCGUUCUUCCGCUCGCUCUAGGCGUGGAUGGACGGAGUUGUGUGGCUCGAUAAUCUGGGCGCUGGCAGCGCAGAUAAUCUCCGUGUGACGGCGCGCACUGUCGCGUGCGCGGUCGCACAUUAUUUAUCUUCUGGUCUCAGUGUGAGGUUCCCACCGAGUGUAGCUUUUUUUUCUUCUAUGAAUAAACGUCCUUUUUUGUUACUGUUGUCA